AUGCUUCGCUCAACGUUGCGAAAUAUCUUGUUUCAUAAAAAGUGUCAUAUUCUCCAUCAAAACAGAGCAGACAUGGGUAGUUUACUCUACAUCUUACCUUGCCUCUUAGUCAGCGUUGUUGCUGCUGAUCCAUACGAUGAGCCCCACACACUAUGGAAUCGCCAAACUAUGGUGCAUUUGUUCGAAUGGAAAUGGAGAGAUAUAGCAGCAGAAUGCGAAAAUUUCCUACAGCAUUACGGUUACGGUGCUGUGCAGGUCUCCCCACCUAACGAGCAUAUUGUGUUAACUCAGAACAAUGAUAUGCCAUGGUGGAUUAGAUAUCAGCCAGUUAGUUACAAGCUUAUUUCUCGUAGUGGAAACGAGGACGAGUUCAAAGAUAUGGUCAACAGAUGCAAUGCUGUUGGUGUAAGAAUCGUUGUCGACGUAGUCAUGAACCAUAUGACUGGUGUCGGCCAAAAAUCUGGAGCUUGGGGAAGGGGUGGCAGCGGAGGAUCGACCUUCGAUGGAACCGAUGGAGUGGAAAGCUUCCCUGCUGUUCCUUACUCGAAAUCUGACUUCAACGACUACAGAUGCCAUGGAGAUAUUGGAGGAAUGGAUUACGGUAGCAACGCAAACAACGUCAGAAACUGCCGACUUGUCGGACUGCUUGAUCUGGAUCAGGGCAACCCAUACGUACGAGGAAAACUCAUUGGAUAUCUAAACCAUCUCAUUGACCUGGGAGUAGCAGGAUUCAGGUUCGAUGCUUCAAAGCACAUGUGGCCUGGCGAUCUAGAGGCAAUCCAAGCGGGAACGAAAAAUCUGAGAGAAGACAUCUUCGGACCCAACCAGCGACCAUUCGCCGUCCAUGAAGUGAUUGACAGAGGAGGUGAAGCAGUCAAAUGCGCGGAGUACUGCCACAUCGGAAGAUACACUAACUUCAACUUCGGCUUCCCGAUAUCCGAAGCAGCACGAGGGAACGCGAACUGGAAAGACAUGGGAUACAUGGGACCUGGAUGGGGAUAUGGUAACCAUGCGGACAAUGACGUGCUGAACUUCAUCGAUAAUCAUGACAACCAGAGAGACGGUUAUCCGGCUACACACAAAGAAGGAGAUGCAUACCGGCUAGCCGUAUCAUUCAUGUUGGCAUGGACUUAUGGUUAUCCACGAGUGAUGAGUAGCUUCUACUUCAAAGAGAAAGAUCAGGGACCACCAAACCAUGGAGCUGGAAGCGGUUUCGCGACCAAAUCUCCACUGUUCAACCCGGAUGAUACCUGCACUGGAGAAUCGGGUUGGGUAUGCGAGCACAGAUGGCCAACUAUUAGGGAGAUGGCCAGAUUCCGAAGCACAUGCGCAGGUGCACCAGCUGUUGAAAAAGUUAUUGAAAACAAUCACGUCGCUUUCGCAAGACAAGGAAAAGGAUUCUUCGCGGUUAACGGACCUGGAUGGGAUUGGACCAGGACCUUCCAAACAACACUGCCUGCAGGCCAAUAUUGUGAUGUCUACAAUGGCCGUUUGGAGAAUGGAAGAUGCUCUGGAGCGACUAUUACUGUAGGAGACAAUGGAAUGGCGCAAAUAACCAUUGGCAGCAAAGCGGCAGUCGCUUUCUCACUUGCCUCGAAAGUCGGCUCCACUCCACCAGGACCACAACCAACACAGAAGCCAAAGCCCGAGCCCACUGGUCUCACAAAGACUGUGAUUUUCCUUAAGCGCGACACUAUGCUCGGAGAGAACAUCUUCAUCCGCGGUGGAAACAGCCAUGGUUACGGAGGAGCAUGCGCACCAGGACCAUAUCAGCAACCAAGUGACAAAUGCGCUAUCCCGAUCUAUCACAAGACUACGGUACCAUACAACUACUUCGAAUACAAGUCAUGGAGUCAGGGCGAUUACUACCUCGACUUUGAAGGACCAGAGCAAGGACAAGGUAAUCGUUGA